AUGUGGACGGACGCGCUGCAGGCGGGAGGACAGUAUUCUGCCCCAGAAAUUAGUGGCACCACAGUAAUCAGUGAAUUACUCGUGCCUACGAUCCAGACGGUGCAGUCUGGACUACUUCUUGAUCUAAUGAUGCGCGCUGGUGGUUACCCUGCACUUUUUUGCGGUCCUCCAGGAUCUGGCAAAACUGUACAUGCUCGCGCGGCACUUGCACGCUUGCCUCGAAAGAAGCAUCGAACCGCAUACCUAAAGCUUCAUGCAACUACCUCAGCUCGAGCAUUUUCUAACGCGCUACUUGGCCGCCUUGUUAAACGACGCAAGGGUGUACACGGCCCACCAAUAAAUCAGAAAGCCGUAAUCUUCGUGGAUGAUAUAAAUCUCCCGGAUGUUGGAGGACUUGGCGAAACGCAGAUGCCACUUGAACUCCUCCGCGGACUAAUUGAAAAUGGCUCAUGGUUUGAAACCCCCGAU